UCCUAAAAAUCCUACAUUCUUCUCCCAAACCCUCAAUCAGAGCUUGCUUCUCUUUCUCCCAAAUCCACUCCCCCUUCUUCCAACCCUCAAUCAGAGCUUGUUUAUCCUGUGUGAAAGAUUCUUCCCCUAAACCCUAACCCUUUCCCCCAUUAUAUGUAUGAUUCUUAUCCUGUGCAGGCUCGCUUCAUAAACAUGCUUCCUUCGAACUCUUGGUCUUCAUCGAUUCUAUUCGAUUCAGUUUCGUUUUUGAGGAAAAUUGAGAGAAAACAAGAGUUUCAAUCAAGUAUACAACAAGAAAACAAAGAAGAAAAUGAUUCGUUACGUGAAUCUCGUCUUCCUUGUGUUCUCAGCAACUUUGAUUUCUUACGGCUUCGCAUUCACCAAUCCAUUUGACGUUACAGCCCUCCAGGAUCUAUACAGGAGCUUAAACAACCCUCAAGGGCUACACGGAUGGAACGGUGGUGAUCCUUGUGAGGAGUAUUGGACAGGAGUAGCUUGUUCUGACUCCUCAGUUAUACAUCUCAAAAUUCAAGGAUUGAACCUUACCGGAUAUCUUGGAUCCUCGCUGUAUAAUCUACAAAAUUUGAAGAUAUUUGAUAUCAGUUCCAACAGCAUAAUGGGUGAAAUACCAUACGAAUUACCUCCAAAUGCCACACAUAUAAACAUGGCUUGCAACUAUUUGAGCCAAAAUAUCCCUCAUUCAUUAUCAAACAUGAAAAAACUAAGACAUCUGAAUUUAAGCCACAAUUUCUUGUAUGGACCAAUUGGCAAUGUGUUCACUGGCUUAGAUAAUCUCAAGGAAAUACUUGAGAAGCAAGAAAAGGAUGCUAAUUUGGAAAAGAAAAUAAAUGAUCUGUCACCUUGUGGGUACUUCUGAUGCUGUUGCUUCUGCUGAGAAACUUAUCAAUGAAGUCCUUGCUGAGGCUGAAGCCGGGGCUUCUGCCGGUGGUGGUACUAGACGGAUGGCUGCACAAUCUGGGGGUGAUGAAUUUUCGAUGCAAAUCCCAAACAAUAAGGUGUGCAAAGUUGCCCGAAAUAUGUACACCCAUGUACUUUCUACAGUGUUUUGUUUAUAGUUGAUUUGGUUUCUUAGGUCGGCCUUAUAAUUGGUAAAGGAGGAGAAACAAUUAAGAGUAUGCAAGCUUCUACUGGAGCACGGAUUCAGGUUAUCUCUUGUUCUUUGUUUUCUCUGCUUCUUUUGUUAUAUAUUUUCAAAAUCAUAAUUAUGUUUGAAGUUGGAUGGUGUUAAGGUUAACAGCUGACUGCCCAAACUCUCAUGUCUCAAGACUUGGAUUUUCCAUUGUUAGUAACUUUUGACAACUAAUGCCUUAU